UGAAAGCAGCAGCUUUAUGUGUUUUGUGUGCGUAAUUCGAUCCUGGAUGAACGUUAAAGUCUUAAAUUUUAAACGCAAUAAAGCGCAACAUCAUCACGGAAACUCUGCAUACCAGCGGUAGACCCAGUGGGACCAGAUGGCCCAGACAGUGGCACCUCUCAUCUCCCAAAGGCAACGCCCUCCUGUGUCAAAUCCCCAAGCAGGAUGGCUUGUGUUCCCUCCCCUUUGACGCGCCGGACUCCCAUAAAGAGGAGGCUCUUCAGCUCUGCGGCACACUCGAGCUCAGCCGCUCCAAGAGCAAGUAUCUCCCUUCAAAAAGCACAACAACAAGCAGCAAACAACAUGAGUCCCAGCAUCACUACUGAGGCCAACCAGCCUGUCACUGCAAGGUCCACUGUGGCACAGAGAAAACAAGCCAACGAACUGAGAAAGACUCUUAAGCCCUUGCUGGAGAAGAGAAGACGUGCUCGUAUCAACGACAGUCUUGCUCAUUUGAAAAACCUGAUUCUUCCUCUUGUUGGCAAAGACAACGCGCGCUACUCCAAGCUGGAGAAAGCUGACAUUCUGGAAAUGACCGUCCGUUUCCUCCGAGACCUCCCUGCCUCUCCUGUCAAAGAUUCCGCAGACAGUUACAGAGAAGGCUACAAAGCCUGCCUCCAGCGCGUCUCCGCUCUGCUUCCCCAAACGAGCCUGGAUCAAGACGCGUGCCAGCGGGUGAAAGACUUCAUCCAGCAAUCCUCGUCCUCCACCGUCACCCCAACCUGCCUGAACUGCUGCGCUCAAAGCUCCAGGACUUUCCCUGCGAUCCAACAGAGACUCCUGAGCCUCAAAUCCAGCUUCAGCUCCAGGCUGGAUAGCCAGUCCCGCAGCAGCAGCGGCGCAGUGGCUCCCGUCCGAGAGCAGCCAUUCCCACAGGCAGUGAACGCUGCCAUGUGGAGACCUUGGUAGAUUAGAUGGACAUUUAUCUCAUGUGUGUUAUUUAUUUUUGUGAUGUUAUUUAUCUUACUUGUAUUUCAAUAACCGUAUAGCCUUAGAGAUGAAGAACCGUUGGAGUUGCUGUGUAAUAAUCUAAUUCAGUAUUUGGCUCAUUUGCUUUUAAUGCCAGAGAGCACGCGAGCACAGAUCUCAAAGAAACUGAAGUCUAUGAACGUUUAUAAAUGCAAUCCUCUUUGGGGUUUCAGAGAUAUGGGUUGUAGACAACACUUUUGUAAAACCCCAAGGGUUAUUUUGUUUGAGGUUUGCACGAUGGACUUAAAAGUAUUUUGGUCUGUGCAAAAGAAUAGUCUGUAAACACUAUGUGUUAAGUAGGAUUAUUAUUAUUAUUCACUGACAUUAUGUAAUUAAAAAAAACACACGCGUUGUGACACCUUCACAUGUUUUGUCAUUGACAAAAGCUCGUCAAUAAAUGUACU